GGAGGAGGAGGAGAUUAAAGGGACCUCGGGAAACUUUCGAACGUAAUCGGAGGCGCUUGUUGCUUCUCGACCCAGAAAGACGAACCGUUACGUCCCGGCUUGGCAGGGUGGGGUGGCGGAGGGGAAUCUCUCUUCUCCUGGCCCCUGGGAAAGGCAGAAAGGCUUAGGACUUGGUGGAGAAGCGAUCUCUGGCGCCCGGGUGGCUGACUGCUAUUAGACCUCAGCCUGGGGUGGGAGGGAGACGACGGCUGCACCCUUGGCUGGACACCUUCCCCCUCAACCCCGGACCCCUGCCCCUAUUCUCAGCGCCCCGCCUCUAGACUCUCAUGUGCGGGGAGCAGCGGCGACGCCUCCCCGGGAUCCCCUCCUCGCCUCUUCAGACGCCUAAGUCGGCUUCCCCGAACUCUGGGUGAGGAGCGCGCUUCUCCCGCGGCUAGCAAUGCUGGGCCUAGGCACGGCCGUCCCCUCCGCCUCGCUGGGCCUGUGCGCCCUAGUGGGUGCCGCGCUGCUGGGCUUGCUGCCGGCGGGUUCGGGGGCGCAGCCUUACCAUGGCGAGAAAGGCAUCUCGGUGCCGGACCACGGCUUCUGCCAGCCCAUCUCCAUCCCUCUGUGCACGGACAUUGCCUACAACCAGACCAUUCUGCCUAACCUGCUGGGCCACACGAACCAAGAGGACGCCGGGCUGGAGGUGCACCAGUUCUACCCGCUGGUGAAGGUGCAGUGCUCGCCCGAGCUGCGCUUCUUCCUCUGCUCCAUGUACGCUCCCGUGUGCACCGUCCUGGAGCAGGCCAUCCCUCCCUGCCGCUCCCUAUGUGAGCGGGCCCGCCAGGGUUGUGAGGCGCUCAUGAACAAGUUCGGCUUCCAGUGGCCCGAGCGGCUCCGAUGCGAGAACUUCCCGGUGCACGGUGCGGGUGAGAUUUGUGUGGGGCAAAACACAUCGGACAGUGCUGGAGGAGCUGGUGGAGGCCCUACCGCCUACCCCACUGCGCCCUACCUGCCCGAGCUGCCCUUCACUGCUCAUCCCCAGGGACCCGGGCGUCCCUCCUUUCCUUUCUCCUGCCCCCGACAGCUGAAGGUGCCGCCCUACCUGGGCUAUCGUUUCCUUGGCGAGCGGGACUGCGGGGCCCCGUGCGAGCCGGGUAGGGCCAACGGGCUCAUGUACUUUAAGGAGGAGGAGAGGCGCUUUGCUCGGCUCUGGGUAGGCGUGUGGUCGGUGCUGUGCUGUGCUUCCACACUCUUCACCGUGCUCACCUACUUGGUGGACAUGCGGCGCUUCAGUUACCCGGAGCGGCCCAUCAUCUUCCUGUCCGGUUGCUACUUCAUGGUGGCUGUGGCCCACGUGGCCGGCUUCCUUCUGGAGGACCGGGCCGUGUGCGUGGAGCGCUUCUCGGAGGAGGGCUACCGCACGGUGGCGCAGGGCACUAAGAAGGAGGGCUGCACCAUCCUCUUCAUGGUGCUUUACUUCUUCGGCAUGGCCAGCUCCAUCUGGUGGGUCAUCCUCUCCCUCACCUGGUUCCUGGCGGCCGGCAUGAAAUGGGGCCACGAGGCCAUCGAAGCUAACUCGCAGUACUUCCACCUGGCCGCCUGGGCCGUCCCAGCGGUGAAGACCAUCACCAUUUUGGCCAUGGGGCAGGUGGAUGGGGACCUGCUGAGUGGGGUGUGCUACGUGGGCCUGUCCAGCGUGGAUGCGCUGCGGGGCUUUGUGCUGGCCCCUCUCUUCGUCUACCUCUUCAUCGGCACCUCGUUCCUGCUGGCCGGCUUCGUGUCCCUCUUCCGAAUCCGAACCAUCAUGAAACACGAUGGCACCAAGACUGAGAAGCUGGAAAAGCUCAUGGUGCGCAUCGGGGUCUUCAGCGUGCUCUAUACCGUGCCAGCCACUAUUGUCCUGGCCUGUUAUUUCUAUGAGCAGGCGUUCCGGGAGCACUGGGAGCGCACCUGGCUGCUGCAGACUUGUAAAAGCUAUGCCGUGCCCUGUCCCCCUGGUCACUUCCCCCCUAUGAGCCCUGACUUUACGGUCUUCAUGAUCAAGUACUUAAUGACCAUGAUCGUGGGCAUCACCACCGGCUUCUGGAUCUGGUCAGGCAAGACCCUGCAGUCGUGGCGCCGCUUUUAUCACAGACUCAGUCACAGCAGCAAAGGGGAGACUGCGGUAUGAACCGGUCCCCCUCUGCCCUCCUCUCCACCCUCCCACCCCCACCAAAUCCGCUGCUGGGUGCAGAGGCUGGGGAAAGAACUUUUCGCAUUUUGUUUUUUUGUUUUGUUUUGAACUCCCUCGCCUCCUUCCCUUCACCAAAGAACAUUCUGUAGUCUUCGUUGCAGAGUCUGGCAGAGGGGUGGGUUGAACAAGGGAGACUUGAAUGUAAAGACUUGUAGGUUGGGAGGGUGGGGCGGGAAAGACAUUCUGGAUACAGUCUUCCACGAGAAUAAUAAUAAUUUAAAAAUCAUUUAAAGGUACAGUAGGACAUUGGUCCGGCAAAGAAAAUCCUGAAGAACAGAUUCUGAAGGCUUCCCCCUCUCAGGGGGCUGAACUCUGGGGCAGUACUGUUGGCUCUGUGCUCCAAGGAAAGUUGCUUGUCUAACUCCUGUGGUGCCCGGGUGAAAGGUAAAGCUGUGUCUGCUGCGGCUUUGUUGGGAGAAGGGAGGACCCCAUGCAGUGUCCUUGUCAAGCAGUGGUCAAACCAUAAUCUCUUUUCACUGGGGCCAAACUGGAGCCCAGAUGGGUUAAUUUCCAGGGUCAGACAUUAGUCUCUUCUAUCCAAUUCCCUCUCCCCCCUCCCCUACUUCUGUUUCUCUCCCUCACUCCUUUCAAGUCCUGUAAAAUAAGCGUUUGAAAAUCUUGAGAGGCAAUAAUUUUAAAUCCUAUUAUGUAUGUUAAAGAACUGGGUAGAGUUGCUAAAAAGAACCAGGCUGCUCUGGAUGCCUUAGCUGUAACUUUUCUAAGAUAAGUAGUGACUUUUGCUUCCCCUCUUCCUCAAAUACACGCUUUUAAAUUGUUUUGGUAGGGGAUGGAGUAUUUAAUAAUAUUCUAUAUAUUGAAAGGCAACAAGUCACAAACUUUUCACAACCAGAAUGCUGCUUAAAAAAAAAAAAAAAAAAACAACUCCUUGUCUUUGUUGCCAGACAAAAAAGAGGAAACAAAAAAGUGUCUGUGAGUGGAAAGAUGUAACUGAAAAGGGAAACUUUCAUAGGCAUAGCAGCCCCCCUAAAAAUCAGAGAUUUACACUUGGAUUAUAAUUUAGGAUAGAUGAUCAUUCCCUUUGUGAAAAAAAAGUAAAAGGCAGUAUAUUUUCAUACUCCCAUUUAAUCUUAAGUUUCUAGUUUAACUGAAGGAAACUGAAGGGUAGGGUUGGUUUUCUGGUUUUGGGUUUUUUUUUUUUGUUACCCUAUUUGUUUUAAACUGGGAAUUUAAUUCAGAACACCUGACAUAGCAAGCUCUGCUAAAAUGUUCAGAGAAAUCCCUCCCUUUAUAUCCCUUCUCCUUAUAAGCUUGUAUUUAGUCUUUCUCAUUCUAUUUGAACCUUUCUAGAUGAAAGGAAAAACAUAAUGCCUUCAGUCCUGCGAUAAGGGAAAAGUUUAAACCAUAAAGAAUCAUUUUGUCCUGUUUUUUUUAGUCCCAUCCAUAAAUCUGUUUUUAAAACAUGUGUAUGCUGACCCUGAGACUUUUAUUUUUGUGAGGGAUUGUAAUCUGGAAAGAUGAGAGCACUGUUAAAGUGAUCAAGAUUAAUCUUUUCUAAGACCAAAAGAGGAAAGUUCAUAUUGUGGGCCCCAUUUUUUAGGAAAAGUGAUUAAAAGGUAAACUUCAAAGUAAUUCCACAGUUCUUUUGAAAUGUACUAGAUGACCUAAGUUUAUUAAUCUUAAAUCAUGUUCUUUUUUUUUUUUAUCUUGGAGUAGAACAUGAAUUCUUUUGCAAAGUUUCCUGGAGUAGAACUUUCAUGGUUUUUGCCUAAUUGCUGAUUUUACAGAGAACCCCAGAGUAGCCUUUUCUUCUUCUCCACUGUUGGACACUGCCCUCCUAUCCUACUCUCCACAAUGUUUCCUAACAGUAAUUAUGUAGAGGAUACUGUCACUACUUGGAAACUAACUUUAUAUAUGAAGUGCUGGAGAGUAGAGCUGCCAUGUUAAUUAAAGGGAGGAAAAACUGACAUUCUAGCCCUUAGAAUCUCCAAAUCAAAUCCUUACAGAGCAAUACCAGUUCUCAAACUGUGGCGUCAUUUGUGUUGUCUCUCUCAAGUGCAUGUGAAAAUUGUAAAAUAGAAGAGACAAUUACAGUAUGUAUAUUUUGUAAAUCUCCCGUUUUUGUAAGAAGAUAUAUAUUGUAUUUAUACAUUUUUACUUUGGAUUUUUUGGUUUUUGCCUCUGAAAGUCUAUAAAUGAGGCCCCCACUUUACCACAUGUACA